GGCGAUUCUGUGAUAGUUGUUUACCCUUUGUUGACAUCCGCCGUCACGUGAUUGCAUUAUGGGAAUAUCUGCCGCACGCGGCAAACUCAUUGCUGUUAUUGGCGACGAGGACACCUGUACUGGCUUUCUCCUCGGUGGAAUUGGUGAAUUGGACAAACACAGACGACCUAAUUUCUUCACCGUGGACAAGGAGACUCCACUGAACUCUAUUGAAACUGCAUUUAAGUCCUUUCUGGAACGUGAUGACAUAGCCGUUAUACUUAUUGCUCAGAAUAUUGCGGAAAUGAUAAGACAUUUGAUCGAUUCCCACUUGUCUGCCAUUCCAGCAAUCUUGGAAAUUCCCAGCAAAGAUUUUCCCUACGAUGCCAGCAAAGACACCAUUUUGAAACGGGCUAAAGGAUUAUUCUCUGCUGAUGACUUCCGCUAGUUGAUUUCGCACAAAUUUUUUUGUUAUUUUCGGGCAUAAUAUACUUAUAUCAACUCUUA